GAAGAAGAUUUGACUUAAUUGCAUCGAAGAGAUGUUAAGAAAAAGCAGGAAAUGAAAGAAGAAGAAAGACGGAUUCAAUCCAAUCCAAUGCAGCUUUGACGUCCGCAAAUACAACACAACACCACCAUCACUCACUCUCUUCUCUCUCUGAAACAAAGGAAACGAAGCAGAAACACAGAGAGAGAGAGAGAGAGAGAGAGAGAGAGAGAGAGAGAGAGUAUAAAAGAAGAAACCACAGUAUCUGAAGCAGCUGAAAAUAGUGUAGAAGGGAAGAGAUUUCCAGGUUCUUCUCUAUCUUUUGUUAUAAUUUCUUUACUGCUUUAGAUCAAAUAGCUCUCGGAUUUCGUCUCAAUUCCCGUUGCCUGUAAGCUCUUCUCAAUCUCGACUCUAAAUCUUGCUUCUCCCAAGCUCCGGAUCGUUGAGUUUCAGCUCUAAUUUCUCGAAUUAGGGCGUGGUUGAGGGGUUUCUGUUCCGUGGAUCUCGUUGUAGGGAUCUUGGCUUGAAGAUCGUGUUUUUUCCUGAGUUCAAUUGCUUUGGUUUUGGGGAGAAAAUGAUUUCUCUCUGUUUUCUUUGCAGUUGAGAUGAGUAAAGGAAUGGAAUUUGAUUCAUUUGAGUGUAAGACCAAAGCAGUCUUCAAAGAUAGGAUGUAACGUACUUAAAACCUCUUCUCUGACUGUUGGAAAAUGUUUCAGAUGGAAGUCUGCAGAAAUGGCAUUUGAUUGGUGAGAGGCUUCUUGGGAAAUUAGACAGAAGAUUCUGAAAAUCGAUAGCUGACGGUUGCCCUUUCCUGGGAAAUAGUGGAAUUUUAGGAUGUCCAGAAUCAGAGGCUGUUUCUUGGUUUUGGCUUUCGUUUCUGGUAUUCCCAUGUUCGGUACUCAUCAUUCUACUCUUAGAUGGAAAGAAUCUUCUGUUAGAUUGGGGCUGAGUGAAAACUCCGACGUUGUGAGCUAUGGAUGCGAGAGUAAAAUGCCUGUCGGGUUGAGUAAGAGACGCCUAGUGUUGUAGGUCUUGCUGUGUAGUCUGAAUCUGGUGGUGCCAAAUUGGAAAUCCAUGUGGUUUUAGUUAGAUUUGUAGUCUCUGUUGUUUGUUUUAGCUCGUAUUUUUGAAAGAUGGUGCCGUCAGGGCCUCCGACUCCCGUCGGUGGUGCCCAGUCCGUUUCGCCUUCACUUCUACGAACAAACUCUGGCAUUUUGGGAGCUCAAGGUGGUUCCGCCCCUUCUCAGCCCACAUUUCCCUCGCUGCUGUCGCCACGUUCUCAGUAUAAUAACAUGAAUGUGCUUGGGAACAUGCCUAAUGUUUCGUCUCUCCUCAAUCAGUCGUAUGGUAAUGGUGGGUCGAAUUCUGGGCUUUUGGGCUCGGGGAGCCUUCAACGUGGAGGAAUUGACAUGGGUGCCGAGUCGGAUCCGCUUUCCAGUGUAGGCAAUGGUAUGAGUUUUACUCCUUCGCCCGCGUCGUUUGGGCCGUCAAAUGUGGUGAACCCUGGUUCGUCGGGUCAAGCGCAGGGGCAGCAUUUUCCAAACUCGUCUGGCAACCAGCUGGCGCCAGAUCAGCAGCAGCCCCAACAGCUUGAGAGUCAGAACUUUCAGCAUGGUCAGCAGUCACUACAGCAGUUUCCUGUUCCUCAUAAUCAGCAGCAGCAGCAACAAUACCAGUCACUUCGAGGAGGUUUAAGCAAUGUGGGUACCGUUAAGUUGGAGCCGCAGAUGAGUAAUGACCAAAAUGGGCCACAGCAGCAACAGUUGCAGCCUUUACGGAGUCUGGCUUCGGUGAAAUUGGAGCCACAGCAGCUCCCACCUUUGAGAAACCUGGGUCAAGUAAAAAUUGAAUCCCAACACUCGGAGCAACCAUUGUUUCUGCAGCAGCAGCAACAACAGCAACAAUUGUUGCACAUGUCCAGGCAAACUCCACAGGCAGCUGCUGCUCAGAUGAAUCUUUUGCAGCAGCAGCAGCGCUUCCUGCAGCUGCAACAGCAGCAGCAGCAGCAGCAGCAAAUUUUUAAGGCGGCACUUCCCCAGCAACGCUCCCAAUUACAGCAGCAGUUUCAGCAGCAGAAUUUGCCUGUGAGAGCUGCUGUGAAAUCGGCUAUUUAUGAACCGGGGACAUGCGCUCGUCGUUUGACUAACUAUAUGUAUCACCAGCAACACCGACCUGCAGAUAACAAUAUUGACUUUUGGAGGAAAUUCGUUGCUGAGUACUUUGCUCUGAAUGCCAAGAAACGGUGGUGUGUUUCGCUGUAUGGAAGUGGCAGGCAAACAACUGGUGUUUUUCCUCAGGAUGCGUGGCACUGUGAAAUAUGCAACCGUAAGCCUGGCCGCGGUUUUGAAACCACUGUUGAGGUUUUACCAAGGUUAUGCAAAAUCAAAUAUGAUAGUGGAACAUUGGAAGAACUUCUUUAUGUCGAUAUGCCACGCGAAUAUCAGAAUUCGUCAGGUCAAAUUGUCUUAGAUUAUGCAAAAGCAAUCCAGGAAAGUGUGUUUGAACAAUUGCGUGUAGUUCGUGACGGUCAACUUCGGAUUGUUUUCUCUUCAGAUCUGAAGAUUUGUUCCUGGGAGUUUUGUGCUCGGCGUCAUGAGGAGCUCAUCCCUCGAAGGUUGAUAAUACCUCAGGUUAGUCAGCUCGGUGCAGUGGCUCAGAAAUACCAGGCUGCUACGCAAAAUGCAUCUUCCAACUUAUCUGCUCAGGACUUGCAAACUAAUUGUAAUAUGUUUGUUGCAUCUGCUCGUCAAUUGGCAAAAGCCUUGGAGGUACCUUUGGUAAAUGAAUUGGGAUAUACAAAGAGAUAUGUGCGUUGCCUUCAGAUAUCAGAGGUGGUUAAUAGUAUGAAAGAUUUGAUCGAUUACAGCCGCGAAACAGGGACUGGACCGAUGGCAAGCUUGAUCAACUUCCCUCGAAGGACCGCUGCUGCAUCUGGGCCCCACAGUCAAAGUCAACAGCCUGAGGAGCAAUCCAUGACACAGAACUCGAACAAUGACCAGAAUUCCAUUCAGACAAAUGCAGUGCAGCUUGCUGCUAGCAAUGGGGUUGUCAAUGUAAAUAACUCCCUCAAUCCCACAUCUACCCCCACCUCCACCAGUACCAUUGUCGGACUUCUCCACCAAAACUCGAUGAAUUCCAGGCAGGAGAACUCAAUGAGCACUUUAAACAGUCCAUAUGGUGGGACCACGGUUCAGAUUCCGUCGGCCAGCUCAUCUAAUUCACUACCACAAUCCCAAGCCAACCCAUCUUCCCCUUUCCCAUCGCCGACGCUGUCUGCGUCUAAUAACCCCCAACAAACAUCACAUAAUGCCUUAACCUCAGCCACCACCUCCCACUUAAAUUCUGCAAAUUCACCUGCAAACAUCCCCAUGCAACAGCCUUCGCAGGCCAGCGAAGCUGAGCCAAAUGAUUCUCAGAGCUCCGUUCAGCAAAUCAUACAAGAAAUGAUGAUGUCGUCCCAGCUAAAUGGAGGUGGUGGCAUGGUUAGUGUCGGUUCGUUGGGGAAUGAGAUAAAGGGCAUCAACGGAAUCACACACACAGGCAACACAGUGCUGAAUGGCCUAGUUGGGAAUGGGAUCGCCAACAAUUCAAGUGUGGGAUUUGGCAACAUGGGGCGGAUUGGCUCAUCAGCUACACCUAGUGGAAUCAGAGCUGCAAUGUCCAACAAUUCUGUGAUGUUGAAUGGAAGGGUCGGCAUGCCUUCGAUGUCUCAAGAAACUACGAUGAAUCAUCAGCAGCAACAAGAUAUGGGGAACCGGCAAUUAGGUGGGCUUGGAACAGUCAACACCUUCAAUAAUCUCCAGUUCGAUUGGAAGUCAUCUCCUUGAGGGGUUAUUGGUCCAUUUUAAUCUCAUUUCCCACACAGCUCGAGCUGCCCGAGGAAAAAGAAGCAUGUUGCCUGCGGCCAUGUGAGUCGAAGUCCAUAAAAAACUUAGGUUUUCCAUGGCUUCCCUUUUCUGUAUAAUUUCGGGAAUGGGAAAUACAUAUGGCUUAGCCUUUCCAAUGGGGGAAAGCUGUACCUUCCCUUGUUUGCUUGCGUUUGGGAUUCUUACUGUUGUUGUAACUGGGCAGAAUCCUUGUAUUAUGGGGUUUCAUUGCAUAUAUUCUACUAACAACCUCAGGAAUGGGACAACGGAGGGAAGAAUUGUAUGGAGCAUCACAGUCUGGUUGGGGUUUGAUGCUUUCCACUGUUGUGUAGGUUAAAAAGAAGAUGAAAAAAAAGAUGGGAGAGUCACAUAUUUAUACAUAGGUGGAGGGACCGUUGAAUGAAAUGUAUCACUUUUGUCAUUUUCAUUGUUGCAUUUGUAAACUAAGCGUUAUCUAAAAGAUAUGGACUCUCUCUCUCUCUCUC